GGAUUUGCUUUAUAACUAUAAAGAAACUUUCGAGGGGUCCGCUACUCUGAAAAGUUGUGAGACGUUUUACUCAGAAUUCUUACAAGCAACAUUACAAAAACGAAUAAGGAAAGAAGCUACACCAUCCGAUAAAAAACGAAUUCGUUGUGAAGAAACCGAAAUG